AUGUGUCUCAACUGGCGAAGGACCGAAGGAUCCACACCACCCUUGCAAAACUGGACCCAACUACGAUCUCGCACAGGUGACGGCACGGCCGACAACACAGACCAUGAAACCAUCGACGAGCUAGGGAAGACAGGACAAGGCCACCGGCCUCCAACCCCCAGUGAACGCCCGGCACCAGAAACGUGGCAUUUGCUGUCGGCCGGCAGAUCCAAUGCACCACGGACACGGCCCGCCCAGGUUUUUUUAUCCCGGCGCCGGGAUACCAUGAAGCCUGGAUACAGCAGCAGCGAAAGACGCGCGCCAGGCCCCCGGGCGAGGCCCCUUCGAGAUUGCGACCCAAAACUGCUGUGUAUGGAUUUACAUAUAAAACAGAGAUAUCAUAACUUCAUUCAGUACAGGAUUGACAAGCUGUACUGGGGCUCUAUGGAUAAUUCCUGGAUGGAAGGAAUCUUGAACAGGGUACCAUGUCACCUGAAGAUGCUAACCACAUCCACUGAGGUUCUCAAAAAUGAGAUAAGAGAUGAUUAUCUACUGAGUGCCAAGAAAGCUAUUGUGGACUUUUUGCUGCAUGACCUGAAAGAGAUGAAAGAUCAGAAAGAAGAAACACUUCCAUCUCACAGACAAGAGAUGGCAGUUAUACCCAAACCAUGGAGGGCAUCUUUCGACGAAGCACUAAAUGAGAUGAGCUACAAUCUCCAUGCCUUCAACCCCAUUAUGCAGUCUGUGAUGAGUCUGUGGCAUAUGUCCUUCAAGGAUUUACGUCUUCUUGAUGUAACAGAGUUCCAUACACAAGAGGAGGCUUUGGAGCUCUUUGGCUUUCAGCAGAUUGUCAGCCAACACAUUGAAAGUGCUCAGGCCAUCCUGCUAAACAAGUGGUAUCCUGAGGUCCAACAAAUCUGCUCACAGGGAAGCCGAAACAGCUUAAUACCCAAAAGUACUGAUCCAUCACGGCUGCAGUUUUUCUUCAACUGUGUAGCUGCGCUAAUGUCUUUUCAUCUCCAGUGUCUGGCCCUGGAGUCAAUUUAUGACUACACACACCUGAUAGUUCCAGAUCCACAUUCAGUCAAAGCCUAUAAGCAUUCUGGAUUUGUGCUGCGACUGAUUGUGAAGCAGAACAAUAUUGUAUUCGAGCCAGAAUUUAAGGACUUUGAGGCCAUUUUGCUGAAUGUCUAUGACUCUAUGUUGACAUGCAUCAGCUGCGUGCCUCGAGUUGAGACAAAUAUGUACUCCAAAUGGCCAGGCACAGAGGACACCAAAAUCCUAAAACCCAUCAUCCUGCCUGAGAUCUUGCAGGCACAUAAGGAUGAAAUUCAGCAGGUGAUAAAUGAGGAGAGCAUUUUGCCAACUGAACAUGUGCAUCUGUAUGAUAAAUUUGCUCUGCUGGUAUCACAAGAGGCCAAUCAGGAUGUAGAGCAGUUCCUGACAGAGGAACACUCCUACCAGGACUUAAUAACGGAGGCAACACGCUACCAGCAGAUGGCUGAUGAGAUCCAGCAUGACUACUGCAAGAUCUUGCGCAUUGGUAUGUUUGAAGUACACUGCCAGGAGCUUAUCCGUGUACUAGUAAAUCGUGCGGAGGGACUCAGGGAGAAACUUGUCGCCCGUCUGCUAAAGGACCACCAGACUUGCAGUAAAAAAUUAUGUGAAAAAUUUGAGGAGAUCCAAGCAAAAGCAAAGAGCAUUCCUUCAAACACACAAGAGCUUAUGGCUCUUAAGGACUACAUCAGUAAUAUUAAAAUUGAUGAGAUUCCCAAACUGCAGCUUCAGCUCAGAGAUUGCAGCAAUCGUAUCUGCUUCUUGGCUGGUUAUGGGCUUUCUGCACUGGAUAUAAACCUGAACAAGAAGACCUUCCAUUGUUACAUGAGCAUGCCAUUCACCUUUGCUAAGCACGAGGAGAUUGUUACAGAGAAAACCGUGGAAUUACAGGAACUCCUCAAGCUGCGGUGCAAGAAGUUUGUGGAGGAACUAGAAGGCUAUGCCGUGGAGGUGGAGGAUUUUACCACUUUUGGGGACCUGUCUCAACUCAGCGUGUAUCUGAAAAUGGCUCAGUUGCUCAAUUCCAGGCUGGAGACUGCCAUGGAGAAAAUUGACAGUUUUAACAUGGAAGAAGAAUCGUUUGGAUGGCCCAUCACCCAGUACCCGCUGCGGAAGAUAAUCCAAGACCAACUACAACCCUACCUUCGCAUGUACCAGACCGCUGCAGAGUUUCAGACUGAUCAUCGUCGGUGGAUUAGAGGCUCCCUCACAUCCAUCAACCCUGACAAGGUGGAGGGUGAUGUCAGCAACUACUGGCGCUCAUUCAACAAGCUGGAAAAAGGUUUACACGACUCAACAAUGGCUCUUCAGCUCAUUUCUCAAGUCAAGACUCAAGUUGAGGACUUCAAACAGCAUAUUCCCUUAGUUCAGGUGCUGUGUAAUCCAGGAUUGCGAGACCGCCACUGGGCGACCAUGUCAACCAUUGUUGGUUUUCCCCUGAAGCCCUUGGAAAAGGAUGCGCACAUGUCCCACUUCAUUUCUAUGCACCUUGAGGAACACUUGCCCAAAUUUGAAAGCAUCAACGAAGCAGCCAGCAAAGAGUACUCACUGGAGAAGGCCAUGGAGCGCAUGGUUGAGGAAUGGGCAGAAAUUAACUUCAACCUGCAGCCUUACCGUGAGUCUGGCACAUUUAUCCUGUCCUCGGUGGACGAGAUCCAGAUGCUGCUAGAUGAUCAUAUAGUCAAGACACAAACGAUGCGCGGCUCAUCCUUCAUUAAACCCUUUGAGGCAGAGAUACUAGACUGGGAGGGCAAGCUGCUGCUGCUGCAGAAUAUUUUAGACGAGUGGCUGAAGGUGCAGUGCACAUGGCUCUACCUGGAGCCCAUUUUCAGUUCUCCAGACAUCAUGGCCCAGAUGCCAGAGGAGGGACGUUGCUUCACCACAGUUGAUAAAAUCUGGAGGGACCUCAUGAAACAAGUCAAUGUGGACACCAGCGUCUUGACUGUGGUUGGCAUCAAUAAGAUGUUUGAAAACCUUCAGAGAAGCACAGAGCUCCUGGAACUUAUCCUGAAAGGCCUGAACAUAUACCUGGAACAGAAGAGACUCUUCUUCCCUCGCUUCUUCUUUCUGUCCAAUGAUGAGCUACUAGAGAUUCUGUCUGAGACGAAAGACCCAACCAGAGUUCAGCCUCACCUGAAAAAGUGUUUUGAGGGCAUUGCCAGAGUUGUGUUUACUGAUGAGCUGGACAUCACACACAUGAAGAGCAGCGAGGGAGAGAUGGUGGAACUGGUGGACAUCAUCUCUACUUCUGAAGCCCACGGCCAAGUCGAGAUUUGGCUCUCCCAGCUGGAGAGUGGCAUGCUGAAAUCGCUACACAAGGUGAUAACUGAGGCGCUUGAGGCGUACCCUAAAGAUCAGCGUAAUGACUGGGUGAGAGCCUGGCCAGGUCAGACAGUACUGUGUGUGUCUCAGGUAUACUGGACCAAACACAUCCAUGAAGCCUUGGCAAAGGGACCACAGGCUCUGAAGGCCUAUUUGGAUCAGAACAACAAACAGAUCGAGGACAUAGUAGGGCUCGUACGUGGGAAACUGUCCAAACAGAACCGAGUGACUCUGGGAGCGUUGGUUGUGUUGGAUGUGCACGCACGUGAUGUUUUGGCCUCGCUUGUUCAUCUCGGUGUAGACGACGAGAACAACUUUGAGUGGCUCAGCCAGCUGCGCUAUUACUGGAUUGAGGACCAACUCCAGACCAAAAUGAUUAAUGCCGGCCUGGCUUAUGGCUAUGAGUACUUGGGUAACACACCACGUUUGGUCAUUACCCCUCUCACUGAUCGCUGUUACAGAACACUUUUUGGAGCGCUGCACCUGCAUUUAGGAGGAGCUCCUGAAGGCCCAGCAGGUACAGGGAAAACUGAGACUACUAAAGAUCUGGCCAAGGCUGUGGCUAAGCAGUGUGUCGUCUUCAACUGCUCUGAUGGCCUUGACUACAUUGCCCUUGGAAAGUUCUUCAAGGGCUUGCUAGCUUGUGGUGCUUGGGCAUGCUUUGACGAGUUCAAUCGUAUUGACCUGGAGGUGUUGUCUGUGGUGGCACAACAAAUUUUCACCAUUCAGAGAGGAAUCGCAAACCAUUGCGAGAUGCUGAUGUUUGAGGGUACAGAGUUAAAGCUCGACCCGACUUGCGCUGUCUUCAUCACUAUGAAUCCUGGAUAUGCUGGCCGCUCUGAACUGCCUGAUAACUUGAAGGCCCUGUUCCGCCCUGUGGCCAUGAUGGUGCCAGAUUACGCCCUGAUCGCUGAGAUUGUGCUGUACUCUUGUGGUUUUGUAACCGCUCGACCGCUCUCAAGAAAGAUUGUGGCCACGUAUCGCCUCUGCUCCGAGCAGCUGUCCUCUCAGAGCCACUAUGAUUAUGGUAUGAGGGCCGUCAAAUCUGUCCUCACCGCUGCUGGAAACGUGAAGCUUAAGUAUCCGGACGAGAAUGAGGACAUUCUUCUGCUGAGGUCCAUCAUCGAUGUAAACCUUCCUAAAUUUUUGGCCCAUGACCUGCCACUGUUUGAGGGAAUCACUUCAGAUCUUUUCCCUGGUAUAAAACUGCCCAAAUCGGACUACACUGUCCUGCUGGAGGCCAUAAGCGAGAACUGUGAGAAGAUGAACCUGCAGAUGUCCGAUUUCUUUACAGAGAAGAUCCUGCAGAUUUUUGAGAUGAUGAUAGUGCGUCAUGGCUUCAUGAUGGUGGGAGAACCAUUUGGAGGGAAGACAUGUGCCUAUCGAGUCCUCGCUGGUGCCUUGCAUGAUGUCUGUGAAAAGGGUCUGAUGGAUGAAAACAAGGUUCAGAUCACUGUUAUCAACCCCAAGUCUAUCACAAUGGGUCAGCUGUAUGGUCAGUUUGACCCUGUCUCUCACGAGUGGUCAGAUGGUAUACUUGCUGUGAGCUACAGAGACUUCGCCACCUCUCAGACUCCAGACAGGAAGUGGUUGAUCUUUGAUGGCCCUGUGGAUGCUGUGUGGAUUGAGAACAUGAACACAGUACUUGAUGACAAUAAGAAACUGUGCCUGAUGAGUGGUGAGAUCAUCCAAAUGUCUCCUCAAAUGAGCCUCAUUUUUGAACCCAUGGAUCUGGAGGUGGCUUCACCUGCCACGGUGUCUCGGUGUGGAAUGAUUUACAUGGAGCCUCAUAUGCUGGGCUGGAGGCCGUUAAUGAUCUCCUGGCUCAACACCCUGCCAUCCACACUAAGCAGCACGCAUAAAGACCUAAUCGCUGGCCUCUUCGACCGCAUGCUUCCCCCCUGUUUACAGCUUAUACGCAAAGGGACCAAGGAGCUGUCUCCAACAUCAGACACCAACCUUGCACGCUCCCUUAUGAACCUGAUGGAUUGCAUGAUGGACGAGUUUAAAGAUGAAAGCCAGAUGAAGGGCAUGAGCGAGAGAGAUGUGUGCUCCUGGCUUGAGGGUAUUUUUGUGUUCUGCCUGGUGUGGUCGGUGGGUGCCACCUGCACAGAGCCUGGGAGAGUAAAGUUUGAUGGUCUAGUAAGGGAGCUUCUUAUAGGUGCUCUGUCUGAGAACACAAGAGCAAGUCAUGGCAUCCUGGAGGAAAUAGAGGCACCCAGCAAGCAGCUCACAGUGCCCUUACCUGCUGAGGGGUCUCUCUAUGAUUAUUACUUCAUCAAAAAGGGUCCAGGCAGAUGGGAGAUGUGGAUCGAACAGCUAAAGCAGGCACCACGGAUCCCCAAGGAUGUGCAGUUCAAUGAGAUCAUCGUUCCCACAGCAGAUACAGUGCGCUAUACAACUCUGAUGGAGAUGCUAACCACACACCAGAAGUGCACCAUUUUUGUGGGGCCCACAGGAACUGGCAAGAGCGUGUACAUCACAGACUUUUUGUUAAAGCGGCUCAACAAGGAUAUAUACAAUCCUUUGCUCAUCAACUUUUCAGCCCAAACCUCAGCCGCUCAGACUCAGAAUAUCAUCAUGUCCAAGCUGGACAAACGGCGCAAAGGAGUAUUUGGUGCCCCAGUCGGACAAAAGAUGGUGGUAUUUGUGGAUGAUGUGAAUAUGCCAGCAAGAGAGACAUACGGUGCUCAGCCUCCUGUGGAGCUUCUGCGCCAGUGGCUGGACCACUGGAACUGGUAUGACAUGAAGGACUGUUCCACAAUCCACCUGGUAGACAUCCAGCUGAUGUGUGCCAUGGGGCCUCCUGGUGGUGGAAGAAGCCCAGUGACACCUCGCUUCCUCCGGCAUUUUAAUACAGUAACAAUAAAUGAAUUUGAUGACAAGACCAUGCAAACAAUUUUCUUCAGAAUUCUGGAUUGGCACUUAACUAUACGAUAUCCCUUUCCUGCAGCAUUUGCCAUACUCACAACUCAGAUCGUGGGUGUGACCCUGGCAGUGUAUCAGUGGGCAACUAAGAACUUGCUGCCUACUCCAGACAAGUCACAUUAUCUUUUCAACCUGCGGGAUUUCUCCCGUGUCAUCCAGGGAAUUUGUUUAUCUUGCCCAGAGAGUGCAGAUGACCCCAAAGCUAUUAAACGCUUAUGGGUGCAUGAGGUCCAGAGAGUUUUUUAUGACCGCUUGGUUGACCCAUCAGACCGUAAAUUGAUGGUGGAUUUCUUGGAAAUGAUUUGCAAGUCUCAACUAAAGGAGGAUUUCCAUCAGCUCUUCAAGCACCUCGACUUUGAUUCUGAUGGACGCGUAACUGAAGAUGACUUGCGCAGCCUUAUGUUCUGUGACUUUCACGACACACAGGGUGACCGAAACUACCUUGAGGUUAAUGAUCUCAAUCAUCUACGGCGGGUGGUUGAGACCCAUUUAGAGGACUUUAACAACAUCAGCAAGGCUCCCAUGAAACUUGUACUCUUCCGAUUUGCCAUUGAGCACGUCUGUAGGAUUUCUCGUAUCCUAAAACAGCCACGGGGUCAUGCACUCCUGGUUGGUGUUGGAGGCAGUGGUCGGCAGUCCCUGACUCGGCUGGCGGCUCACAUGGCUGAAGCUGAGCUCUUUCAGGUGGAAAUCUCAAAGAGUUACGGCAUGACAGAAUGGCGUGAUGACCUUAAACAAAUUAUGCGCAAAUCAACAUUCGGGGAUACCCAUGGAGUCUUCCUUUUCACCGACACUCAAAUUAAGAUGGAGUCGUUCCUUGAAGAUGUUAGCAAUUUGCUCAACACCGGUGAAGUUCCCAAUCUCUUCGCUGUGGACGAGAAGCAAGAGAUCUGUGAACGUAUGCGGGCUGUGGAUCGCCAGCGAGACCGGGAGAAGCAGACAGAUGGAAGUUCUCUGGCACUGUUUAACAUGUUUGUAGAACGAUGUCGUAGUCAGUUGCAUGUGGUUCUGGCCAUGAGUCCAAUAGGUGACGCCUUCCGAGGACGUCUGCGUCGUUUUCCUGCACUUAUCAACUGCUGCACCAUAGACUGGUUCCAGAGCUGGCCCGAUGAUGCUCUACAGGCUGUGGCAUCUCGGUUCCUGGAGGAAACCGAGAUGACAGAUGAUGUCCGCACUGGCUGCAUAGAUAUGUGCCAGAAAUUUCACACUUCCACCAUCAAUCUUUCAAAAUGCUUUUUGGUUGAGCUACAGCGCCACAACUACGUCACCCCAACUUCCUACCUGGAGCUCAUCUCCACCUUUAAAGUCCUGCUGGAGUCCAAGAGAGCUGAGGUAAUGCAGCUGAAAGAACGCUAUGAAGUUGGCCUGGAAAAGCUAAACUCUGCUUCUGCUCAAGUGGACAUCAUGAAAUUUAACCUAGAGGCGCUCCAGCCUGAGCUCCAUCUGGCUAGCAAAAAAGUGGAUGAAAUAAUGGUGGUGGUUAAGCGUGAAUCUGUGGAGGUGACCAAGAAAGAGAAGGUUGUUAGUGUGGAAGAAGCAGAGGCAAAUGAAAAGGCCACAGCUGCCAAGGCCAUCAAAGAUGAGUGUGAUGCAGACUUGGCUGUUGCUAUGCCCAUCCUGCAGGCAGCUAUGUCCGCACUUGAUACACUUACUCAACAGGAUAUUACGCUGGUGAAGUCCAUGAAAAACCCUCCAGCUGGAGUCAAACUCGUGAUGGAGGCCAUUUGUAUCCUCAAAGGCAUAAAACCUGACCGCAUUCCUGAUCCUUCCACCCCGGGCAAAAAAAUUGAGGACUUCUGGGGCCCAGCCAAGAAGCUUCUAGGUGAUAUGAAGUUCCUCCAGAGUCUGCAUGACUACAAUAAAGACAACAUUCCACCUGCUUACAUGACGAUCAUCCGCAACAAAUAUAUCUCCAACCCUGACUUUGUCCCAGAGAAAAUCCGGUCAGCAUCCACUGCAGCUGAGGGCCUUUGCAAGUGGGUCUGUGCUAUGGAUGCUUACGACAAGGUUGCGAAAGUUGUGGCUCCUAAGCAAGAGAGGUUUAAGGAAGCAGAUGCUCAAGUGAGGCUAGCCACAGAGAUCGUCAGAAAAAAGCAGGCAGCUCUAAAAGAGGUCCUGGAUAAAUUGGAGAAACUUCAAAACACUUAUGAGGACAACAAGAACCAGAAAACAGAACUGGAAAAUCAAGUGGCCCUGUGUAGUAAGAAGCUGGAGAGAGCAGAACAGCUGACUGGCGGUUUAGGAGGAGAGAAGACACGUUGGACUGAGACAGCACAGAGCCUGGGAGAACUCUACAUCAAUCUAACUGGAGAUAUUCUCAUCUCCGCUGCUAUAGUAGCCUACCUCGGAGUUUUUACAUUGAGUUAUAGACAGAGUGCUACAGAAGAAUGGAUCGAGCUGUGUAAGGCCAGAGGGAUCCCCUGCUCUAAAAUUGUGUCCAUGAAGCGUUCUUUGGGAAAUCCUGUAAAAAUCAGAAGCUGGAACAUCGCUGGUCUUCCAUCGGAUAGUUUCUCCAUUGACAGUGCCAUCAUUAUCUCGAAUGCAAGGCGUUGGCCUCUGAUGAUCGACCCACAGGGCCAAGCAAACAAGUGGGUAAAGAAUAUGGAGAAGGACAACAACCUGUUUGUUAUCAAGCUGAGUGACAGUGACUAUGUGAGAACACUGGAGAACUGCAUUAAUUUUGGCAAGCCAGUGCUGCUAGAAAAUGUAGGCGAGGAGUUGGACCCCAUUCUUGAGCCUUUACUGCUGAAGCAGACGUUUAAGCAGGGUGGGAGUGUGUGUAUCCGGCUGGGAGACUCCACCAUAGAGUACUCACCAGACUUCCGCUUCUACAUUACAACCAAACUACGCAACCCACACUAUCUGCCUGAGACUUCAGUCAAGGUGACACUUCUGAACUUCAUGAUCACACCUGAGGGAAUUCAAGACCAGCUGCUAGGUAUAGUAGUGGCUAGAGAGAGGCCAGAUCUAGAGGAGCAGAAACAAGCCCUCAUCCUGCAGGGAGCUGAAAACCAGAGAAUGCUUCAGGAGCUUGAAGACAAGAUCUUAAAAGUACUCUCGUCAUCUGAAGGAAACAUCCUGGAGGACGAGGCGGCUAUAGAGAUUCUCUCCUCCUCCAAAGAGCUGGCUAAUGAAAUUUCAAAGAAGCAAGCCGCGGCUGAGGUGACAGAAAAGGAGAUUGAUGAAACACGUUUGGGCUACACACCCAUCGCUGUCCACUCUGGCAUCUUGUUCUUCUCCAUUGCUGAUCUUGCAAACAUUGAACCCAUGUACCAGUACUCACUCGGCUGGUUCAUCAAUCUCUUUAACUCAUCCAUCGACAACUCGGACAAGAGCAAUUUUCUACAGCAGAGAUUGCAGAUCUUAAAAGACCAUUUCACCUACUCGCUUUAUGUCAAUGUGUGCCGAUCACUCUUCGAGAAAGACAAACUGCUCUUCUCCUUCUGUCUCAGUGUCAACCUGCUUAAACACCAAGGACUUAUUGAUGAGAAUGAGUGGCGCUUUCUGCUGACGGGUGGUGUGGGUCUCGAUAACCCUCACAUUAAACCCUGCAACUGGCUGGCAAAGAAAUCCUGGGAUGAGAUCUGUCGCCUGGAUGAGCUGGAUGCUUUUAAAGGCCUGCGUAAGGACCUGGGACGCUUCAGUGAUGGAUGGAAAGAAGUGUACGACAGCAAGGAUCCUCAUCACGCACAUUUCCCUGGAGAGUGGCAAGAGAAACUAGUACAAUUUAAGAGAAUGUUGGUAAUACGCUGCCUGAGACCAGACAAGAUCAUUCCUAUGGUGCAGGAGUUUGUGUCCAGCAACUUGGGACAGCAGUUUAUUGAGGUGCCUCCCUUUAACCUGGGGAAUGCUUUUUCAGACAGUCACAGCUGCGCUCCCCUCAUCUUCAUCCUUUCACCAGGCUCUGACCCCAUGGCAGCUCUGCUGAAAUUUGGAGAUGAACAGGGCUUCACAGGCAACAAGCUGACCUCUUUGUCACUAGGACAAGGCCAGGGUCCCAUUGCAAUGAAUAUGAUUGAUGCAGGAAUGAAGGAUGGUACCUGGGUGGUGUUGCAAAACUGCCACCUAGCCACUUCCUGGAUGACAACGCUGGAACGAGUUUGUGAGGAGCUCAACCCAGACAACACUCAUCCAGACUUCCGUCUGUGGCUCACGAGUUACCCCUCACCUAACUUCCCUGUGGCUGUCCUUCAGAAUGGUAUCAAGAUGACGAAUGAGGCCCCCAAGGGCCUGCGUUCUAACAUUGUCGGCUCCCUUAAUAUGGACCCCAUCUCCGAUCCAGAAUUCUUUGACAGCAACUCAAAGCCGGCAGUGUUCAAGAAGCUUCUGUAUGGCCUGUGUUUCUUUCAUGCUCUUAUUCAAGAGCGAAGGAAGUUCGGACCCCUGGGCUGGAACAUCCCUUAUGAGUUCAAUGAAACUGACCUUCGUGUUUCAGUUCAGCAACUGCAUAUGUUCCUGGACCAAUAUGAAGAUGUGCCGUUUGAUGCUCUGCGCUACAUGACAGGAGAGUGUAACUAUGGAGGACGUGUGACAGAUGACUGGGACCGCCGGACCCUCCGUACCAUCCUCUCCAUCUUCUACAUAGAUAAGAUCAUUGAAGAUCCAGAAUACAAGUUUGACCCAAGCGGGAUAUACUACUCACCGCCUGAAGGAGAUCUUAUCAGCUACAUAGAGUACACCAAAGCACUCCCACUGUACCCAUCACCAGAAAUCUUUGGCAUGAAUGCCAAUGCUGACAUCACCAAGGACCAGGUGGAGACGCAGCUCCUCUUUGACAGCAUCCUGCUCACUCAGUCUCGGAUGACAGGUGGUGCUGCAUCCUCUGACAACCAGGAUGUGGCUACAGACAUUUUGAGCAAACUGCCAAAAGACUUUGACACGGAAGCAGCCAUGCGCAAGUAUCCCACCAGUUACAAUCAGAGCAUGAACACAGUGCUGGUGCAGGAAAUGGGUCGCUUCAACAAGCUUCUGCGAACAAUCCGUGACUCUUGUAUCAACAUUCAGAAGGCCAUCAAGGGGCUGGUGGUGAUGUCAGCUGAGUUAGAGGAAGUAGUGACAAGCAUUUUGAAGGGUCGUGUUCCAGGAAUGUGGAUGAAAAAGUCAUACCCAAGCCUCAAACCUCUCGGAGGAUACAUCAAUGACUUCCUGGAGAGGCUUAAGUUCUUACAGGACUGGUAUGACAAAGGCACACCACCUGUGUUCUGGGUGUCAGGCUUCUUCUUCACCCAGGCUUUCCUUACCGGAGCUCAGCAGAACUAUGCUCGCAAACACGGGAUGCCCAUCGACCUGCUCUCCUUUGACUUCGAGGUCAUGGAUGACAUAGAGUUCACUGAGCCGCCUGAGGAUGGUGUCUACAUUCGUGGUUUGUUUCUAGAUGGGGCUCGCUGGGACAGAGAAAAGAAGCUUCUAGCAGAAUCUUACCCCAAGGUCCUCAAUGACACCAUGCCAGUGAUUUGGCUGAAGCCCAUGAAGAAGCAGGACAUCCCUAAGCGCCUGUGCUACAUUUCCCCAGUGUAUAAAACGAGUGAAAGGCGGGGGACGCUGUCCACCACAGGCCACUCCACCAAUUACGUCAUCUCUAUGACCAUCGACUCAGCUGUACAACCUGAGCAUUGGAUUCGUCGUGGAGUUGCUCUGCUCUGCCAGCUGGAUUCAUAAAGGAUCAGUAAUCCACCAAUUAUAUAAAAAUAAAUAAAAACAUUGUCAGCUAAUACUGUUAACAAAAACACUCAUCUAAACUGUUAUACAGGUAACUAAAACAAUGUUAAAUUUACACUGAUCAGCCAUAAUAUGAAAACCAGUAUUAUAAUACUCAUAUUUUGUAUCUACUGCCUGUGCAUUUACAAUUCCCUCUGACCUGUUGAGGAAUGGACUCUACAACACUUUUAAAGGUGCCCUGUGGUAUCUGGCACCAAGAAGAUAAUAGCAGAUUUUUUAACAUUGUGUUGGAUGUUUAACAAUGUGUCCUUGUGAUGUAGGUUUUCCAGAGAUCAGACUUGUGAUUCCAUCACAUCCCUGGAAUGCUUGAUCAAAAGAAUAUCUGGGAAAUCAGAUCAACAGUUCAAUACUUUAACCUUUAUCAUGUUUUUCAAGCCAACGGUUUUUACAGGGUACACUACCUUUUUAAAAAAAUCUGACUGUCAUUAGGCAAUAAAGAUCGUGCCACAAUGGAUUUUUGUUCUAAAAGAAUGUUUUGGUAGAUGGCCAAGAACAUCAGAAUGUCAAAGUCUUGACUUGUCAAUCAGAUAUUUAUGCUUAGCCUUUUUUUCCUGCUUCCUACACAUCAACUUUAAGAACUGACUAUACAUUUGCUUCAAAAUCUAUCCCACCUUUGACAGUGCCAUUGUAACUAGAUAACUAUUAUUUAUGUAUUUAUGACUGAUGUACAGAUGUGGCCAUUAUGAAGUUUUCAGGCACAUGACGUAAGUUACCUGUAGGGGCAGUCAUGUUUCAAUCUUAGGUAUUGCGUAUCUACUGAAGACGAUAACGUGUUAAUUUCUCUUAGAUGGCUAUUGACAGCAAGCGACAGAGCUCAUAAACAUGUCGAGCUCAAACUGUAAAUACUGAUAUGUAUUUAUUCUUCAUUUUCUUCUCUCCUUAUAUUGCAUAAAUAAUGAUUCUUCUUUUCAAUUACUUUUUUCUCUUUGCAAGUGUUUUUGUAAACGAAAUGAUAUUGUA